AUGCUUUGUUGUGUAGUCUCCUGUGGCAGUCAAUUGAUCCCUCUCUUCAUCCGAUCUAUACUAACUAUACCACGUGCUGUGAAUUGUGGGCUUAGGCCAAGGCGUUAUACACUAAUGACAUUCAACGCCUUUAUUCAAUGGUGUCUAAUCUGCUUAAUUUACGACAACAGGGUUUGACUCUUCCUGAUUUUCUUGGUUGGAUGACCUCUAUUAAUGCUGAAUUUAACUCCUUGUUACCUGCUGGUAAGAUUGCUGCGGAGGAUCUAGCUCAGCGGGAUAAGUUCUUCAUGGUGUGUACUCUUGCUGCCAUUGGUCCUGAGCUUGCUCCUGUUCGUGAUCAGAUUCUUGCUAGUCCUAUUGUACCUACUAUGGAUGAAGUGUAUUCUCGUCUUCUUCGGGUUUCAUAUGUUCCUAUGGUGCCUCCCUUUUCUGCAGGUGAUCACAGGUUCAGAGUAGUGGCGAACAGGGAGGAGAUCGUGGUAAUUGGGGCAAACGCCCCAAAUGUUACUAUUGUCACAACUGGGGGCAUACUAAGGAACAAUGUUAUAAGUUGCAUGGCCGCCCUCUUCGUGUUAAUGUUGCUCAUGCUGAUGGUUCUCGAUUUGAGUCCUUUGAUGGUCAUCCACCGCAAUAUGUCCUUCUCAUUGGGGUUGACUAUGAUAAGUAUCUCAAGUAUAAGACGUCCCAGCAAACCUCAUCCACAGUUGCUUCUGUCUCCCACUCUGGUGAUUCCACUACCUGUCUCGCUCAGUCAUCCUCUUUGGGACCAUGGGUCUUGGACUCAGGUGCUUCUAACCAUAUAUCUGGUAAUCCCCAUUUGUUCUCUCAUUUUACUAAUUUUAUUUCUUUACCUUCUGUAACAUUAGCCAAUGGGUCCAAAGCGGUUGCUAAAGCUAUUGGCACUGCCAAACCCUUACCUUCUCUGCCUUUAGAUUCUGUUCUUUAUCUUCCUUAUUGUCCCUUUAAUCUUGUCUUUGUUAGUAAACUUAUGCGUGCCUUAAAUUGUUCUAUCACCUUUGAUGAUCAUUCUGUUACUAUCCAGGAUCGCAGUACAGGACAGAUGAUUGGUGUCGGAUGUGAGUCGCAGGGUCUCUAUCAUCUCAACCUUCCUGCAUCGCCUAUUGCUUGCUCGGUGACUGGGUCUCCUGCUCUUCUCCACAAUUGUUUGGGACAUCCUAGUUUGGCUAAGUUUCAGAAGAUGAUCCCCAAUUUAUCUAGUUUGUCGUCUUUUCAUUGUGAGUUUUGUCAACUUGAAAAACAGUCUCGCACUUCUUUUCCAAAGUGUGUCAAUAAUCGGGCUGUGUCCCCGUUUGCUUUAGUUCAUUCCGAUGUCUGGGGUCCUAGUCGUGUCGUGUCUGUUUUGGGUUUUCAAUAUUUUGUAACGUUUAUCAACGAUUAUUCUCGUUGCACAUGGUUAUAUUUAAUGAAAAAUCGUUCUGAGUUAUUCUCAA